ACCCAGCUUAGUAGCCGUAGGCGGCCGAGCGCCGGCGGCGGGGGAUUGUGGGAGAAGAUGGCAGCCGCCGUUCACCCCCGAGUUGUCAGGGCCCUGCCAAUGUCACGUUCUUCUGUUACUACAAUAGCCACAUCUGUGUUUCAUGGCCCACCCCAGCGCCAGCUUCAUCAUGCACUCGUACCUCAUGGGAAAGGUGGGCGUUCCUCAGUCAGUGGGAUUGUGGCCACUGUGUUUGGAGCAACAGGAUUCCUGGGCCGCUAUGUUGUCAACCACCUUGGUCGCAUGGGGUCACAAGUGAUCGUCCCCUACCGGUGUGAGCCAUACGAUACCAUGCACCUUCGCCCGAUGGGUGACCUGGGCCAGAUUAUCUUUCUGGAAUGGAACGGGAGAGACAGGGACUCGAUCCGAAGAGCUGUGGAACACAGCAACGUGGUCAUUAAUCUCGUUGGGCGAGAAUGGGAAACCAGAAACUUUGAUUUUGAGGAUGUUUUUGUAAAGAUUCCCCAAGCAAUCGCUCAAGUGUCCAAGGAAGCUGGAGUUGAAAAAUUUAUUCACGUUUCACAUCUGAAUGCCGAUAUUAAAAGCUCUUCUAAGUAUCUGAGAAAUAAGGCUGCUGGAGAGAAAGAAGUGAGAGACACAUUUCCAGAAGCUACCAUCAUAAAGCCAUCGGACAUCUUUGGAAGAGAGGAUCGAUUCCUCAAUUAUUUUGCAAGUAUUCGAUGGUUUGGUGGUGUCCCUCUUAUUGCCUUGGGCAAGAAGACAGUGAAACAACCAGUAUAUAUUGUGGAUGUCACCAAAGGAAUUGUUAAUGCAAUUAAGGAUCCAGAUGCCAGAGGGAAAACUUUUGCCUUUGUUGGGCCCAGUCGGUACGUCCUCUUUGACCUGGUGCAGUACAUCUUUGCCGUGGCUCACAGACCCUUCCUGGCAUACCCUUUGCCACAUUUUGUAUAUCAAUGGCUAGGUCGACUCUUUGAAAUGAGUCCGUUUGAGCCCUGGACCACGAGGGACAAAGUGAAGCGGGUGCACAUCACAGACAUGACCCUGCCUCACCUGCCUGGCUUGGAAGACCUGGGUAUUCAGGCCACGCCCCUGGAGCUCAAGGCCAUCGAGGUGCUGCGGCGUCACCGCACGUACCGCUGGCUGUCUUCUGAGAUUGAAGAUGUGAAGCCAGCCAAGACAGUCACUGUUUAGUGGCCCCUGAGCUGCCCUUGGUUUUUGGUGUCAUUCGGGUCACUAGCGACCAGACCACCUUUGGCAGAGAAUCCUGUGCAUCGUGCGUAAGAGCCCCUAUUAAAACAUCUGAGAUCAAAUUCUUUGCCAACAUUUUCUUUCUUGAUUUACAAAGGGAGAGAUUCAGCUAUCUAGAAUUUGAGCAUUAUUUUCUUUAAAUUUAUAUAUUUAAUAGUGACACAUAUAUAUCUUAUUCUCUGAAAUCCUGGAAGAUUUGAAUGCCCUUCUGUCAGGCCACUUCUUGUGAAUGUUCCGGAAGAUGAGAACCGCUUUUUAAGGUCAGAAUAUUGUGAAGCCCCCGUGUGAUAUAUGAUGCCUUUUAAUAAACACUAAUUGAGAAAAGACACAAUGAAUGUCCCAUAACUAAUCUGAAUUUAUCCACACUUUGGGUAUUUUUA